UUUCACCUUCGACUUGUACCACCCGAGUCAUGAUGCUAUAGUCACCAGCCCUUAGCAAUCGUUCUGACGUUACUUCAAAUAUGCAUCGCGAGUCUUUCUUCAGACCACGAGACAGCGACGAUCUUUUGUCCGUCUUUCUCCGUCUUGCCAUCGCUGUCUACCUCGAGCAUCACAGUCGUUGAUGACGAAGUUCGCUGCCCUCACAUAUCACAUCUUGCAUCGCCACGAGACAACAACACUCGCAUUGCAUUCGAUGCAACGUCCAGGCGAGACUAGCAUCGCCUUUGUUGAUUAUCAUUACAAACAACGCGAGGCUUUGUGGCCAUGCUCACGUUCAUGCCGGCCCAACUUCGGCAUCCGACUGUGUUGCCAGAGUCACCGGCCCAGGAACAUAUCCAGACGUUACAAUAGACGCAGACCCUUGACAGGCUGGUCUCAUGUUGGCCGCUGGGCAAUCAUUGACACCUUAUAUGCUCCCCCGCCUUUCUGGCUUUGGUCCGACUGCCACGUGACGAAUGUCUCCCUCGCCCUUCAAAGCAUUCAAAACCUAUACUGCGGCCAGGUUUCGUCGAAAGAAAAACCAUCAACAGCAUCGCCAAAUCUAGAACCUUAUGGCGCAAACAAUGCAGCCGAGGCGUUCCUCCUCACAGGCCCACCACCUUCGUCGACCUGUACGAUGAUACGCCAUUAUCGGUCUAGACUUGGUCGUACCACUUGAAUCAAUGAAGCUGCUGCUAUAGCGACUUCAUGACUCUCGUCAUCAUCUCCAACCUUGCCGUUCACGCGCCCUCGGCUUCCCUCAUUUGGAAGUCUUCCGGCCAAGCGGUUGUGAAGUUUCUGUUGCUGCCCGUCGUCCGCCACCAUCGAGUAUUAUGGUGGGAACCCGGAUGCUUAGCUUCAAGACGGAGCAUUAAGAUGUGCACUAUCGAUGGCCCUGUAGUUGGAGCCGCAGGUGUUGCUGCCCACGCGGCCUGGCCUGGACUUUUCUGCAGCCGGAAUGCUCAGGAACGACGAUGCAGUC